AUGAUUGGAUCCGAUGAAAUACUUGUAUCUUCAAAUAAUAUGGAUUUAAGUGAAACAUUUCGACCCGAAGAUUUAUCAAAAACAGAUUUUUUUGAUUUUGUAACUGCUCCUGAUAUUGGUAUAAAUAUUGGUGUCAAUGAACAUAAUAGCACUGAUCGAACAUCAAUAACAAAUAAUGGAAAUAAUAGUGCCAAUACAUCAACAUUACAAUCAUAUGAUCAGUUUUGGAGUAAUGAAAAAUCAGAUGAAAAUCGUCUUGAAUCUGAAAUAUUUGGUGAUAUUGAUAGAUAUUGUUGGCAGCAACAACAGCAAGACCAUCAACAAUUAUUAACAGAAUCAACAACAAAUGUUUCUCCAACAUUAAAUACAACAAAUUCAAAUAGCACAAUUAAUAAUUUAAAUGAAAAUAUUCAAAUUAAAGGAAAUAAUAAUAGCAGCUGUACUAAUAAUGAUAAUAGUAAUACAAAUGAUACUAAUACUCUAAUACAUACAACAACAGAUAGAAAUUUAUCUUCAAAUAAUGUAAAUAUUGAUGUAAAUGCUUCUGAUGGACAUGUAUAUACAUUAACAGUAUUAAAUGGAAACGAACCUUGGUUAAAACGUCCUGAUACUAUUAUUACAGAUGCUCAUUUAGCACCUGCACUAGAUUUAGAUAGUUUAUUGGGUACAUUUCCACCAUAUAUUAAAUCAGAAUAUAUAUAUGAAGAAAGUGGAUUUUGUUCAACUGACGCUAGUUCAAGUGGUUGUGGUAGCGGUAAUGGCAACAGUAAUAAUAAUGAUGAUAAUAAUUGUAAAAUUAUUACAGAUAUAAAAAGAACAUUAUCUACUACUACUAAUCAAACAUCUCAAAUAAGAGAAAAUUCAAAUUUAAUAAAUUUAAAAAUUAAUAAUAAUAAUAAUAAUAAUAGUAAUCAUUCUAAUAAUAAUAAUAAUCAUAAUAGUAAUAAUGAUAAUAAUAAUAAUGAUAAUACAUCCUUAAUUGGUAGCACAAAAUUAUUGAAUUCCUUACCAUCUAUUACAAUUCAGACAACAACUUCAAAUACUAAUAUGACUGACUUUCAAAAUAAUAAUAAUGAUUGGCAAAUGAUUGAUAACAAUAGUGUUGCAGAGCAGAAUUCCGCUGAGUCUUUAUUGCGUAGUGCUUUACAGGGAAAAGGCUAUUCAAAAGGGCUUGGUGUACAUAAUGGUAUUUCAUUAAUACCACCGAGUGCUAUAAAAGAAGAAGAUCUCACAGACGUCCUAUUUACUGAUGAAACGGAUUCACUUCCUUUCGCUGAUUCAACUUUAGCGAAUUCAAUUUUUGAAGAAAGCCCGACACAAUCAGUUGCGGCUGGUUCAACUAAUUCUACUGUUAAUAUUAAUAAUCAAAUCAAUGAAUCAAAUCAUCACCAUAACAAUUCUUCAUUAUCAACUGGAAUAAUUUUGGAUGAUAUGUUUUUAUCACUUGAUCCUACAUUUACCGAAGAUUUCGAAAAAAUUAAGAAAAUUGCAUCUGAAGUUCAACAAUUCGUUACAGCUAAUGAUUAUUCAACUGAAAUUAUUAUGGAAGUUGCAGCAGCUGCAGCUGCUGCCUCUUCAAAUAUAUCACAAAAUUCAUGUAACAAUAAUAUAGAUAGUGGUGGAUCAUUGAGUAAUUCAAAUCCAAUACAAAUUAUUCAUCAACAAUCAUCAUUAUUACCUCGUAUACAAAAUUCACAAUCAAAUUUGAAUACUGAUAUUACAUCACCAACUAAUAUAAUAACCACCGCAACAUCAUCAACAAAAAAUCAAAUAAAAAAAUAUAAACGCACUUCUUCGAUAAUUACAAGUAAUAAUAAUAGUAACUGUAAUGAUAAAAAUCUUAAUAUUAACCCACCAACAAAUGGAAAUAAUAAUAACAAUAAUAACAAUAAUAAUAUUAGUAAUAAUAAUAACAAUAAUAAUAAUAGUAAAAAUAAUAAUUUGAAUCAUAAUCUUAAUACAAAUAAUAAUAGUAAUAGAACAAGUCCUACUCAAUGUAAUGGUCAAAGAAAGGAAAGAUCUCUUCAUUAUUGCUCAAUAUGCUCAAAAGGUUUCAAAGAUAAAUAUUCAGUCAAUGUACAUAUACGUACCCAUACGGGUGAAAAGCCAUUUUCAUGUACAUUAUGUGGUAAAAGUUUUCGUCAGAAAGCUCAUUUAGCAAAACAUUAUCAAACUCAUUUAGCACAAAAAAAUAAUGGUGGUAUAGUGAAAAACUCAAAAAAUUCAAAUACAAAUCGUAUUACUACUAGUUCUCAAUCAUUAAGUAAUAAUAACAAUAGCAAUAACAAUAAUAAUAAUAACACUAAUAAUAAUAAUAACAUAAAUUCAAUAACAACAAGUAAUUCUUCUGGAUCUCUAACGAAGGCUCGACAAAUGGACUCUAUUACAUUAACAUCGAGUAAUAAUAAUAACAAUAGUAAUAAUAUCAUGUCUAUUACGGAUCCAAGUAAUAAUAAUAAUAAUAAUAAUAUUCCAAAUUCAUUAACAAUCAACAUAAAUAGUGUGCCUUUGCAAAGUCUUCCACCUGCUACAGGAAUUUUAGCAAAUAGAUAAUUAAAAACAAAAACAAAGUAUUUUACAUACAUAUACGCACACAUGUACAAAUAUAUAUUUAGCAUUCUACCAAUUAAGUCAAUAAGUUUUGUAUACCUGCAUUUUUGAGUAAUCACAGAAACGGAUUUAAUUCAAGCUUCACACAUUUUUUAUUUUACAUGAUUUAUCACAAUGCUUAUUAAAGAAGAUAAAUAUAGUAGAAUCAAAACAAUGGUUCAUAAAGUAGCAAUUUUUCCUCGAAUAAUUUGUAAAUAUUGUUUUUAAAAGCCAUCUUACAUUACUUAAAUAGCUUUUAUUCGUAUAAAAAAAUAUUUAAAACGAUUGCCUAUAUUUAGGAUGGAACAAGAAGCAUUAACAAUUAACCGUAAGUCUAAUUCAUGGGUUAAUAGUGUUACAAUUACCGUUUGUUUUUUGUUUCUAUAGCAAUUUGGAAAAGCUUGCAGUUUAGUAUCAAAUAUUAGUAUUUGGAAAAACUUAUUAUGUAUUGUUAGUAUCGAAAAGCUGCUAAAAUUUUA